CAGUCGCCCUACCUCGACAACACUUGUGAUCACACCUGACAAAGAGGCCGCCACGUACUGGGGAGGAGGUCCUAUAUGGCAGGAGUCACGGUCCACCUACCCUCCGGGAAGGGCAGAGGGAGAGAGAGAGAGAGAUGGCGAAGAGCAAGGAGGACAUCAAAUACGGAACGGCGCAGGCGAAGUUGGCCGUAGAUGAGACCCUGCGAGUCGCGUACAAGCACGGGACUCCCCUGGAGGGAGGCCACAUCGCUGAAUCGGAGCGGGUCGACCUCUUCUCCUCCGCCCACAACAUUCCUCCGUCCCAGCCACAGCCGCGACCCAACCCUAGCGCUGCUCCGCCUCCUCCGUCGGCCGAUGAUGGUUCGAACGCCCCUGACAAGACUCGUGCUACCUCGACAAGCACCGGCUGAGCAACGUCCAUGCCCUUUCCUUUCUUUUCUUUCUCCUCUUUUCUCUUACGUACUCCGCUCCCGUCAAGGGUUUCGCUUCAGUUAAUAAAUUACAAGUUCCCGUA